UGUCAAUGGAAAGCCGAAAUCAAAGUAAUUUUUAAUAAUAAUAGUAUCUAUCCAAUUAACUAAUUGAAAUUUGCCAAAUCACUGUCGAUCAACGGCAAUUAAAAUUAGAUUUAUUGGUGCCACUUAUACUUGAAUAUGUCGACAUCGAAAAAAUUUCACAGCAGUAUUUUUCAUCCAACUUUGCGGAAAUGGCAAGAGCCAAAUGUUAACAUCGAACCGGAAAAUUUAAUGUAUCCACUGUUUUUGAUAGAAAAAGACGAUGUAAUUGAGGAAAUUCCGAGUAUGCCGGGUGUGUCACGGUUUGGAGUCAAUCAAUUGAUUAAGCAUUUGGAGCCAUUGAUCAAAAAGGGACUUAAGACAGUUUUACUCUUUGGGGUUAUUGAAACAUUGCCUAAAGAUAGUAAUGGCAGUUCGGCAGAUUCGACCGAAAAUCCAGUAAUUCGUGCAUUACCAUUGCUUCGAAAGAACUUUCCCGAUUUGGUGAUAGCGACUGAUGUUUGCCUGUGCCCGUACACAAAUCAUGGACACUGUGGUAUAUUCGAUGAAGAAGGUCACAUGGAUAAUGACCAGAGCAUUCAACGCUUAGCUCAAAUUUCGUUGGCAUAUGCUCAGGCCGGUGCACAUAUAAUCGCUCCUUCCGACAUGAUGGAUAACAGAAUCCGUGCGAUCAAGGAAAUUCUACGUAAUUAUCGCUUAGAAAGUCGAGUUGCCGUUUUAUCUUAUGCGGUAAAAUUUGCAUCUUCUUUCUAUGGUCCAUUCCGAGACGCGGCACGUUCAGCCCCUGCCUACGGAGAUCGUAAAUGCUAUCAAUUACCGCUUGGUUCCAAGGGUAUUGCUGCGAGAGCUGCUGAACGUGACGUUGAAGAAGGUGCUGAUAUGCUAAUGGUGAAACCUGGUAUGGCUUAUUUGGAUAUUGUUCGCCAAACAAAAGAUAUGUUUCCAAAUAUUCCAUUGUUCAUUUACCAAGUAUCGGGUGAAUACGCUAUGUUAUGGCAUGGUGCCAAAAAUGGGGCCUUCAACUUGAAUGCCAUUGUCAUGGAAGCGCUGACGUCGAUGCGUCGUGCAGGCGCCGAUGUUUUAAUCACAUACUAUACACCACUUGUGCUGGAUUUAAUUCAGAAGCAAUAAAAUUGUGAGAGAUAUAAUUGAAAAUUAUCAUUUUUAUGGUGCUGGUAUAAAGUUGUUUAAAUGUUGCAGAACUUUGGGAGAUUUUAGAAACAAAUUUUAUAAGAAAAAAAAAAUAAAAAUAUAAAAAUAACAACAUUUUUGAAAGAUACACGCUUUUAUACGAAUCUCAAA